AUGUUUGGACGUGCGUCUAUUAUUCGAAAUUUCUUGGGUGCGCAUUAUUCAUCCGUUGGCAGCGCUUUAAUGCAUCCUUGCUCACGUGUAGCUGCGCCAUUGACACCAUCUUUUAAAGAGGAUUCAGCUGCUGAAUUGGAUCGAUUAUUUUCGCGUAUUGAGUUGGAGUACAGAGGCCAUGACAAGGCGGUGUUGAAGUCGUAUACCACAUUUCUGAAGGCAGUUUGCAGCCACCUAGAACUUGAAGUAGUUUCCAUAAAAGUGUUUCCAUAUGUAUGGUGGAUUCAAAAUGCUCUGAGAGCUAAAUUUGCAAAAAAGAAAAAUCAACUUCAUUACGAGACAAGAACACAUAUUCGCCAAUUUACAAUCGGAAAUGUUACGGGUAGUACAGCGAGUACAUUUCUGGAAUAUAUUCAACGGAACAUACCGGAGGGUGUUGCAAUGAAAGUUACUUAUGAUGAAAUCGCAGUAUUGCCGGAAAUUAUUCGAAGUAAAGCAAAACUAAUGCACUUAAGUCAGGCAAAUGCUUCGACAAUUCCAAAUAUGACCGAGAAGGAAAAAAUUAUCGUUGAAACGUUACUUAAUGAAGGAAAUAAGCAUUCCACCGAUAAAGCAUCAAUUUCUGCUGAGACAGAUUUGUCAUCGAACAAUGCUUGA